AUGCAACCAGUCUUCAACGAGCCUCACUCGCACGGAAAAAUCGUCAUCGUCAUCCUCCUCCUCGGCCCGUCCCCCACCGGAAAUGCAACAUUCAUAUCACACCUCCUCCCUUCCAACACCUCGCCCGAGCCCAUCCCAACCCCUCCUCCCCCCACGACAGCAAUAGCAUCCUACGCCGCAGACCUGCCGAAUGGGCAGUGCGUCCUGCUUCUCGACACCCCAGGCUUCGAUCCCAGUGCCCCUUUCUCAACGCGCUGGGGCGUGGAAGUCGUCACGUACAUCAGCGCGCUCCACGCACGGAACAAGAGCCGCGUGUGCUGGGGCGGGAUUUUGUACUUUGCGUCGGUGGAAGAGGGGACGAUGACGCCGGGGAGCAUGCAGGGCGUCUGUGUCGUGGAGCGGCUCUGUGGCGCGGACAUGUUCGCGAGCGUGAGGGUGGUUACGACGGGCUGGGCCGCGCAGCAUCCCGAUGGCCGGCAGGUCAAGUUGGAGCACAACUUGCAGGCAAACGAGGACUAG